AUAGGAGGGUCUGGAUCCCUGGGGAGUCCCUGCCGUUUCCGUGCCUGUGCGCUCUCCUCUGGGGUGUCCAGGCGCAGGGGCCCUGACCGGCCUGCUCCAAACUUCCUGUUUUCCACCAGCGUUUUUUUCACCCUGCAGUCCCCAGCCUCUCUGUCAAUAACGCAGCCAUCACAGCGACACGUGGAAUUUUUCAUCAGCUCGCCCUGCAGCGGUGCUUCCCACUCCACUCCCUCACUCUCUCGUGCUCUGUCUCUCACUCUCAGUCUGUCUCUCUCUCCCUCUCUGUCUCUCCCCCUCGCUCUGUCUCUCCCUCUCUGUCGGUUCCCCUCCUGUCCCGAGUGUGUUGGGUCUCUCCAUGGCGUUCUCAGAGUCCUACACCGUGGUCAUCAUCCCUCUCCAAAGCAGCCUACACAGCCUGGACGCUCUGCGCUUCUUCCUCUGGCUGAAGAGGCUGAAGGAUUUGGAGAAGGAGAAGGACUGCCUGUGGGCCGGGCUGCAGGUUCUGGAGCAGGCCCGGCUGUGGUACCAGUGCCGGCUGGAGGAGAACCGACACAAGCAGGGCAGUGCUGGGGAAGCCCCAUGGGCCCAGGAGAGUCCAGCCAGGAGGUGUUUCCUCAGGAUUUGUAUGCAGAGAGUGAAUGGGAGUUUGGGAGACCUCGUAUGUGACCCCGCUGCUGCUGCUGUCCCCUACGCAGAACGAAGCAGAGAUCCUCUGUCAAACCUCCGCUGGCGGAACACAGCACUCGUACAGGAGGUGAGCGCUCGGAGUCUGCGCAUCUCCAGGCUGGAGCAGGAGAGGGACAGCCUGCUUCAGCAGCUUGGUGAGCUGUAGGCCCUGCAGCUCUACGACGCACCCUUCAGCACACCAACGCGCUAGCUACACGCUGUCACUCUCCGACGCACUGUUCAACACACCGACGCGCUAGCUACACGCUUGUCUGUGUGUAUAUUUUCCACAUGUCUUUAUUUCAAAAUGGACUUCAUUCAGUCACAGUGAUAACAACUCAUAACUACAGCAAGAGUUUUCAGAAGAGUCUUGCCCUUCGGUUACAUGGCAACCCUCAGUUUUACUGUAAAUAUGCUCCUGUGAAUUAUACCAUA